GAACAGCCACCGUUCAACCGCACACAACCUUUGAGCAAAGCGAAGGCUCCUGAACAAGACAAACUGUUAUUGAUUGAAAACAUGUUAUCUAUCAAUUUUAUACAAAUAACAUACCAUUCCACUUCUAUGGUGAAGAUAGGUUGUGUUGUGGAUAUCGUUAACUAGAUGACGUAUCUUCAUUUAUCAUUGGUUGUUCACAAAGUGUUUUGAUUGAAGUCACCGUCUUGGGGUUCUUUCCUCUGUUUUAACCAACUUGGCUUCCAUAUUCGGAUUCUUUGGUUUGUCAGACUGUGAAAAGGACGUGCUUUUCAUGAUGGGGUGCUUCUGCUAGCUUCGCUUAUUGUUUCUGUACGUGAUCACAAAUCACCUCGUGGAAUUGCUGCAUUUUCUCUUUCAAUGUUUUGAAUUUUGUGUUUGAGAUUCUGGGUGUUGAAAAAGGUUUAUAUUUGGUGAUAGCUCUGAUUAAGGGCCCUACAAACAAUGGGUACUAUCAUUGAAGCAGAUGACACAUAUACCAGGAUCUUGGGAAGAUGGCCUGUCUUUUAUUAUGGAAUGGGACACAUGCUCAAUGACAUAACUGCAGCUUGUUGGUUCACAUAUUUAUUAUUGUUCUUGACAGAUAUUGGACUUUCACCAAGGAAUGCAGCUGUUGUGAUGCUUUCAGGUCAAGUGGCUGAUGGAUUUGCCACCAUAUUUAUUGGUGAACUGAUAGACAGAUUUGGACACUUCAAGAUAUGGCAUGGUGCCGGUUCUGUAUUGGUGGCUGUUUCAUUUUCUUCUGUUUUUGGGGUUUGUUUACCCUGUAAAAUGUUUAGUUCCAAUUCAUCUACUUUUGAAACUGUGAGUUACAGCAUAUUUGCAGCAAUCUUCAAUGUGGGCUGGGCUGCUACUCAGGUUUCACACAUGUCCAUGGUGAGUUGCAUCACGCUGAACUCGACAAGCAGAGUGGCACUUGCUAGCUGUCGCAAUGCUUUUACCAUGGUUGCCAACUUGAGUUUGUAUGCUGUUGCAUUGAUAGUGUUCAGUGUCAUUGAUGGAAAAACGCAUACUGAUGUUCAAAAUCAGUAUCGUUGGAUUGCAUAUCUGUCUAUUUUUAUUGGAUGUUGCUUUGUGAGCGUAUUUCAUCUUUCAACCAAAGAACCCAGAUUAAAGGUAGGUAUACAUGGAAAGGUUCAUGCAAGGAUUUCAUGGGAUUACUGGUUCAAGAGAAUUCUGUAUUACCAGGUUGCUCUAAUUUACAUGAUCACAAGAUUGGUUCUCAAUGUUUCGCAGGCAUACCUUGCUUUCUUUGUCAUCAAUGAUCUUCAAAUGGCCCAAUCAGCCAAAGCUUUGGUUCCUGCUCUCAUAUACAUCUGCAGCUUCGUUGUGUCUCUGGUGUUACAGGAGAUUGCAUGGACUGGGAGAAUGCUGAAGGCCUAUUACUCUGCUGGAUGCAUUCUUUGGAUUUUUUGUGGUGCAGUGAUCCUUCUUUUGAGUGCAAAUAUGAGUUAUGUGAUGUACAUUGUGUCGGUACUUAUCGGCAUCGCAAAUGCUCUUAUGAUGGUAACUGGAGUAAGCAUGCAGAAUUUUCUCAUUGGAGAAAAUCUUAAUGGUUGUGCUUUUGUUGUUGGAUCAUUGAGCUUUUUGGACAAAAUUUCAUGCGGCCUUGCUUUGUAUGUUCUUCAGUCAAACCAAAAUAUCUCUUCAGAGCUUCAGGGAACACAGUUUCCCUUUUCAGUAACCAGAUAUGGUUUGGGUCUUGUUCCUGCAAUAUGUUCACUAAUUGGGGUGAUAGUAACUUACACAAUGGAUUUCCACAAUCCUUCAAAGUCUUUGACAGCACCACUAUUAGUCUAGCUCUGUCACUCAACAUAACCAUUAUCCUUUCUCUAACAUACAUCAACACACACAACACAACAUAGGAAUAUUCAAACAGUACUCAAAAUAUUCACUUCAGGCAUAUUCAAUUGUUAUUCAUUAUAACAAAUAUUUCAUCAAAUGUAUAUAACGUGUACACAUUUGAUUAAAUAUUUUGCUCUGUUGACUUUAUCAA